GCGGAGCCGAAGGCGGGCGGGAGGAGCCGAACGGGCGGGGGGCUCGUUGCCAUGGGAGCGGGGCGGGCCCGGGAGCGCCGCAACGGGCCGGGCCCAGGCCAACCCGGCCGGGCCGAUCCGGGCUGAACCGGGCCGAACCCGGCUGAACCGGGCCCGGGCCGGGCUGACGGCCGCCCCCGUAGGCGCUGCCCCCGCCGCCGCUGCCCCCCGCCGCCAUGCUCAUCAAGGAGUACCACAUCCUGCUGCCCAUGACCCUGGACGAAUACCAGGUGGCCCAGCUCUACAUGAUCCAGAAGAAGAGCCGGGAGGAGUCGAGCGGCGAGGGCAGCGGGGUGGAGAUCCUGGCCAACCGUCCCUACAGCGAUGGCCCCGGUGGCAGCGGCCAGUACACCCACAAAAUCUACCACGUGGGCUCCCACAUUCCCAGCUGGUUCCGGGCACUGCUCCCCAAAGCUGCCCUGCAGGUAGAAGAAGAAUCCUGGAAUGCUUAUCCCUACACCCGCACCAGGUACACCUGUCCCUUUGUGGAGAAAUUCUCCAUUGAGAUUGAGACCUAUUACCGGCCAGAUGCUGGCCAGCAGACCAACAUCUUCAACCUGAGUGCAGCUGAGAAGAGGCAGAGGAUUUUGGAUACCAUCGACAUCGUGCGUGAUCCCAUCUCCCCUGGGGAAUACAAGCCUGAGGAGGAUCCCAAGCUCUACCACUCGACCAAGACGGGCCGGGGUCCCUUGGGGGACGACUGGCUGGAGGCAGCUGCUGGUGGCCCUUUGAUGUGUGCCUACAAGCUCUGCAAGGUGGAAUUUCGCUACUGGGGGAUGCAAUCCAAGAUCGAGCAGUUCAUCCACGACGUGGGACUGCGGAAGGUGAUGCUGCGGGCCCAUCGCCAGGCUUGGUGCUGGCAGGACGAGUGGACGGACCUGACCAUGGAAGAUAUCCGGCAGCUGGAGGAGGAGACAGCCAGGAUGUUGGCCAAGAAGAUGGCCAAAUGUGGGGAGCCUGAGGAACCCCCCAGCGCUGGGCCCAGUGCCCAGGCGAGGCUGGAGCCAGGGGAGACCAGUGGGCAGGAGGGGGCCGAGGCGCCAGAGGUGGCCGAUGCCUCCCCUGAUGAUACUUUUGCCAAGCAGUGGUCAACCUCUUCCCGCUCCUCCUACUCUUCCCAGCAUGGAGGGGGGGUGUCUCCUCAGAGCCUGUCUGAGUGGCGGAUGCAGAACAUUGCCCGUGACUCCGAGAACAGCUCCGAAGAGGAGUUUUUCGAUGCCCACGAAGACCUGUCUGACAGCGACGAGGUCUUUACCAAGGAGAUGACCAAGUGGAGCUCCAACGAUUUCUUGGACACUCUGGAACGGCCGGCGGAGCUGGACGAAGUGCUGGGGGAGGGAGCCAGCGCUGCCAAGGUGGAUGGAGAAGGACUGGGGGCAUCCAGCUUCCCCGAGGGCGACUUGGCAGAGAGCACAGCUCAGACGUGCCGGAUCCACGUCCUCUUCCUCAUCCUCCACAGCGGGAACAUCCUGGACCAGGGGGUGGGUGAGCCGGGCUCCAAGCAGGCAGACGUGCAGACACUGGCAGCCACCUUCGACGCCGUCACCCGUGUCAACUUCCCCGAGGCCCUGGGGCACGUGGCACUGCGCCUGGUCCCCUGCCCGCCCAUCUGCGCCGCUGCCUACGCCCUCGUCUCCAAGCUCAGCCCCUACAGCCACGACAGGGACAGCUUGUCCAGCAGCCAGGACCACAUCCCACUGGCUGCCCUCCCACUCCUGGCCACCUCCUCAGCCAGCUACCAGCACGCUGUGGGUGCCACCAUUGCCCGUGCCAACCAGGCGUACGGCGCCUUCUUGCGCUCCGGGGAGGGAGCCGGUUUCUGUGGCCAGGUGGUGCUGCUGGGGGACUGUGUGGGUGGCAUCCUGGGCUUCGACGCGCUGUGCCAAGGCCGGGCGGGCUCCGGGGGCAGUCGCAGCAGCAGCCGCCGCGGCAGCCUGACUGCAGAGCCCAUCUCCCCAGAGCUGUGCAGUGGGCGGGAUCCGCUGGCUGAGGGGACGGAUGGAGCAGCAGGAUCAGACCAGGCCAGUCCUGAGCCGUGGGCACAGCAGGGGGACAGUCACCAUCACAGCUCCUCAUGCGGCCCACAGGCCAGCGAGGCUCCGCUGGAAGUGGAGGCUCCCCAGGGCGGCACCGCGGCGCCAGAGGCUGCCGAAGGCACCAACACCCGCCUGGAGUUCAAGGUAUCCGGCUUCUUCCUCUUUGGCUCCCCCCUGGGGCUGGUGCUCGCGCUGCGCAAGACCGUCAUGCCUGCUCUGGAUGUGGCCCAGCUGCGUCCUGCCUGUGAGCAGAUCUACAACCUCUUCCACGCCGCCGACCCCUGCGCCUCUCGCCUGGAGCCCCUCUUGGCCAAGGCCUUCCACGCCAUCCCGCCGCUCAGCGUUCCCCGCUACCAGAAAUACCCCCUGGGCGACGGCACCUCCUCCCUGCUGGAGGAGGCCCUGCAGACACACUCUGCUCUAUUCCUACCUGAGGUGGACAUGGCUGCCCCCCCAACCCCCACCAGCAGCUUUGGGGGCUUCUGGAGGGCCAACGAGCCAGGAGACCUCCCUAACCCCACCAGCACCAGCGAAGUUGUCAAAAUCCUGGAGCGCUGGUGGGGCUCCAAGCGCAUCGACUACUCGCUGUACUGCCCCGACGCCCUGACCGCCUUCCCCACCAUCACCCUGCCCCACCUCUUCCACGCCAGCUACUGGGAAUCCUCCGACGUGGUGGCCUUCAUCCUGCGCCAGGUGGUGGAAAAGGAGGGUCCUCAGCCGGCGGAGAGCGAGGAGACCUCCAUCUACAGCCCUGCUAUCCCACGGGAGAAGUGGCAGCGCAGGCGCACACCCAUGAAGAUCCGGAACGUGACAGCCAACCACCGGGCCAGCGACGUGAUCGUGUGCGAGGGCAAAGCGCAGGUCCUCAGUGGGCGCUUCACCUACGGACCCCUGGACGUGGUGACACUGACUGGGGAGAAGGUGGACAUCUACAUCAUGACACAGCCACUCUCGGGGAAGUGGCUGCACUAUGGCACUGAGGUGACCAGCAAUGGUGGGCGCCUGACCUUCACCAUCCCCCCGGACAAGGCUCUGGCCAUCGGCAUCUACCCCGUGCGCAUGGUGGUCAGGGGUGACCACAGCUAUGCUGAAGCCUACCUGACAGUGGUGGCCCGGGGCACUGAGUCAGUGGUGUUCAGCAUCGACGGCUCCUUCACCGCCAGCGUCUCCAUCAUGGGCAGCGACCCCAAAGUGCGGGCGGGGGCUGUCGACGUCGUACGGCACUGGCAGGACUUGGGCUACAUGAUCAUCUACGUGACGGGGCGCCCCGACAUGCAGAAGCACCGCGUGGUGGCCUGGCUCUCCCAGCACAACUUCCCCCACGGCGUCGUCUCCUUCUGUGACGGGCUCACCCACGACCCCCUGCGCCAAAAAGCUGCUUUUCUUCAGAGCCUGCGCUCCGAGGCUGAGGUCACCAUCAUUGCUGGCUACGGCUCCACCAAGGAUGUCUCAGUCUACAGCUCUCUGGGGCUGGCACCAGCCCACAUCUACAUCGUGGGACGGGCUGUCAAGAAGUUCCACAACCAGUGCCAGUUCCUAUCUGAGGGCUACGUAGCCCACCUGGCUCAGCUGGAGGCGGCAGCAAUGACCCACUCCCCCAAGGGACCCCCCCGGCCCGUGCUGGGCAAAGGCACCUACGGCUGCCCGGCACCCGUCGACUUCCUCCGCAAGCAGAGCCAGCUCCUGCGGUCCCGGGGCUCCAGCCAGGCCGAGCGGGACGGGGGGCAACAACCAGGCUCCUCUGGGCUAUCCCGGGCCAAGCCCCGCAGCAUCAGCCUCAAGCUGGAGGGUGAGGAGUGAGGGUGACAGGGCUACCAUCCCCCCUCUGCCACAGCCUUCAUUUCCCAGCCAGGAGCAGCCGGGGCCAGAGCCUGUCAUGGGCCCUGAGCUGAUAGGAAGGAGAUGAGGGUGCUGGGUCCCCCGAGACCCCGGGGCACAGUGCUCUGAGCCACUCCAGGGGUUGGAAGCAUCACCUUGGGGUUGAUCCACCACGAGUCCCCCCUGCUCUGCCUCCACCCUCUGUGUCCCCCCCCCCAGGUCCUUUGGGGCUGCAGAGCUGCUGCUGGGCAGUGCCUGGUGGGGUUUGCCCACCCCCAUGUGGGAGCUGAUGUGCUGGGGGAGCCAUGGCUGCGCCCCCAGGGCACGUGGCACCUCCCUGCUCCCCAUUAUUUAUUUCCCUUGGGUGUCGCCAGGCACGGGGCAGGGCUGGGACUGGGGCAGCAGUUCCUCUGUUCUCUUCUGUUUCGUGGCGGUGUGAAAUAAAAGCGAUGUCAAGAUGAGGCGCUGGUGCCCACGUGGCUGCUCUGUUCCCACUGGCUGCAGCACUGCCACUUGUCCCCUCCUGCCUCAGCCAAGAGCCCAGGGACACAGCAGCAUGCAGGGAGAUAGUCUCAGGGCAUGGCACUUGGGUCACCAGCAGGGUGACAAGCUGGGGUGGCUCUGGGUGCACCAUUGCUC